UUCCAUAUCAGUGAUAUGCGCUUUGUCCCCUGCUGCCGGUCCAGUCAGAUCCCGAGCUGGCUACGGCCAUGGCGGCGGCACCGGUGAAGCAGAGGACCGGGGCAAGCCGAGCUCAGCUUCCGCCAUGCUAUUAUGAGGGAUAUCUUGAGAAACGAGGACCUAAAGAGAAGGUGUCUCGGCGACUGUGGACAUGCUUGUGUGGCAACACUUUGUACUUCUUCAACAAUGCGAAGGACACACAUUAUGUGGAGAAAUUGGACCUGAGUGGGUUUGUCUCUCUGAUUGAUGACUGCAGUCGGGACAGGAAUCUGGAAGCAGCUAGGAUGAAUUUACGCAUGAAGGAUGGAGAGAUCAAACUAACUGCUCCUAACUUGGAGGCACGAGAGCUGUGGAAAGGCUUCCUGUACUCUGUAGUGGAUCUGACAGUGCCCACCACUCUAACGCUGCUGCCCGGCCAACUGCACAUGCUGAAAGAAGUGGUGGAGAAAGAGAGACAGAGAAGAAGAGCUCGAUCGCUCUCCAGAGCUCCCUCCUCUCCCCUCUCUCUCCCGCUGGUAGGAGAGAUUCCUGCCUGUUUCAGGCCUGUCUCUCGCACAGAAGCCGAGGUUCUGUUAGAGCGUCACCCAGACUGUGGGAACAUGCUGCUAAGACCGGGCAGAGACGGCACCUCACUCGCAGUGACCACACGACAAGAUCUUAAUGGCUCAGUGUUCAGACACUAUCGCGUUACCCAGAAGCCUCAGGGAGGUUACAUCAUCGAUGUGGAAAACCCGAUCCCGUGUCCCACCCUUCAUGAUGUCAUUAACGCACUAGUGGAGAAAACAGCCGGGACGCUUCAGCCUUUUCUACUGGAGGAGCCUUAUGAAGAGAAUAUCACGUACAUUUCGUCCAAUGACGAGAACGGAGAGCGGAUGCUACACUGUGCACCAACUGGCACUUUCCCUAGAAGACCCUCACUGCCCCCAAAAGGGCCAGAGAGAUGGACGUUGAGAUCUCACUCUAAAUCUCCUAGCCCAUCUCAAAGAUCACUAAGCCCCCCAGGUUCACCAUCCAGCCCUAUGAGGCGGCUGGUGCUUUCCCCCUCGCCUUCACCACUAACACAAACAGCUUUCACAGAGGAGCUCAAACAGAAGCUGGAGAAGAGACGCACCAGCCAGGACUGACUUCCUUCUUCUCCUCAGCCAAUCAGCAGCAUGGCCUCGUCCCCUGACUGUCUGAUUCUGCCAGUGCCUUUGUGAUGACAGUCACUGCUCCCAGACAUUCAGUCUUAUUAUUUCCAUGGUGCAUCAUUAAUCCAGCCGAGCAGUAAAUUCUUCUGCCUUGGGAAGUGACACUUCAAGAAGGACAAUGAGGAUUGAGCCCAGGGACAGAUCGGUCUGAGCCAGGAAUCUGUGUUUGUCCAGAGACAGUGAUGUUUGGUGAUUUCUGAUCUCUCAGAGAAGCUGCAGCUCUAAAGUACUAAAUGUCUAAUGGUCUUCUCACGUAACUGCCAUAAACCUGCCGGAGUUCCUUUCUAAUAAUUCUGUGUUCUAAACACAGCCGUUAAAUUUUCAUCCAGUGCAUUUUGUCAGCAGCUGCCGCAGGUACGAUUGUCUCCAGAGCUUAUGUUGGUGUUAGGACAGAAUAAUAGCAGGGCAGAAGUGUCAGACGUGUAAGUUACUGCUCAGAACAGUGUGUUUCUGUAGUAAGGUGUUUAUUUGUUUGUUUUUGGUGCUCCAGGUUGAAUACUAGACUGAUCGUCAUUACUGGUUUGUGUAAUGAUCGUUGCAUGGUGCUACUGUUUGUAUAUAGAGUUUGUCUGUGUGUAUCCCUGAUCAUUUUUCUCCUAUUUAUUGGAAUUAAAGGGACGAUUUUUCGAUAACGUUGA